AUGCUGUGGACGGGGGUCUGGACCCUGCUCGAUAGGCACGUUCCUGGCGGGACGGGGUUGUGGAAAGAGCUAGGCCUGGCGGUGGCUGGCGCUUGGAUCAUGGUCUGGACCAGAACCUUUUUUUCGAACGCAGGCAUGGAUUCUUUGGACCAGGAGGGCUCGCUAUCCGAGAUGGGCUCGCUACUGGUUCAGGGCAGGCUCCGCUGGCGCGACGAAGCCAAGUUCUACGCCAGGAGCCUCCUAGCGAUCGUGGGGUCGAUCCUCUUUUGGGACGGCGUUUACGAUCUCUGCGACGAGCACACCUGGGAAGGAACUCUGACGUACAACUUGGUCUGCGCUUCACUCGGCGGUGCCGGCAUGGUUUGGGUCAUGACUAGCGAAGACGAGGACGAGCGCAUGCGCGGGGACGAUAUCGGUGGCGGGCCCGCUGCGAUGAUGGCGUCUGCAGCAAAUCGGUCGGGCGGGCGCUCGUCCAGGCUCGGCCCGGGCAACAGGGGCAGGCUUUACGCGAAGGCGCUGUUCUGCAACGUGUGCGGUGUCGUGUUCUGGAAGGGUGUGGAAGAAAUCAUCGAGGACAACGGGCCGAACAAGGACUGGACCGGGCUUGUGUUCUUCGUGAUCGGGAUCUCGAUCCUCAUCGCCACCGAUAGGCUGUCCAUGAACAGCGGGCUUGAAGACGGCUUGCCCCCCGCGGUGGAUAUUCAGGCUGGGCCGGCAGCCUGCACGAUAGAGACCGCGGCAUGGGACGCGAGCAGCAGUAACCCCGAUCUCAGGGCGCCUUCAUCAUCGCCGCUGUUGCUAGACGUCGUCGUCAACGACCUCUCGUGCCCUGGUUGUAGUCGGCUGGUAGCCGCCCCGACGUCCUUUGGCGGCGGCAACGUUCGCAGCCCGUGCGGGGGGGAAGGGGCGGGCUCGAGGCGGAGGGGGAGAGGCUGCGUUGAAGUCCCGCGGUGGGUCACGACGGCGGCGGAGCUCACGGGAGUGGUGUUUGCGUGGACGGGGAUAGAGUGGUACGUGUGGGAGGGGGACUACAUACCCGACAGCGCGCUUCGGGAUCUUGGGUAUAUUGCGGUGGGCCUUGGGAUUCUGGUCGGCACCGGGACCUUCUUCAACCUGGCGGGCACGAUAAGCCCCGUCGCCGCCCUCAAGCAGGUGCAUCAGCACAACCGACACGAGGAGGCGAUGCCGCUUUUGUCCAACUUUGACCAGCCUGAGACCGAACCAGAUACCCAUAGCCAUGUCACUGAAGCCCGGGCGGCGUUUGAUGUGACCGCCUCUCUUCCCCCAGCAUCUCAGUAUGCGUUCUUUGGGGUCGGCUGAUAGGCCGGGAUCACGACGUAAGACAAUGUACUGAUUUGUACAGUCUUUUUUUGUCAAGAAUCUCAAGAAAUUGUUUUUGGGUGUAUCACUAUGUACUGAUUUGUCCUCGCUGUCGGUUUGAACAGUGCUCGCUAUUUGGCAUGUUCUCGCAUCACGCUCUGCAGCAAUGCUCUCUUUUACCGGCUCCGGAAGGAGAUCUUGAUUUUGGAAAACAUGCAAAAAUACAUUAAGACUACCCCAACCACAGCAGUCGAAGGGGACGUUCACGGUGAGAAUAGAGUAACCCCUGGGGUGACGGUGCGGCGGUGUCAACUGUGAUUUUGUUAUCAUUAAGAGAGCGAGCCCCCUGCUAUGUUUUUUUGUGAGUUCGUCUCUUUGAGUGUUUGGUCUUUAGGGCGCUCUCCGGCAGAGGAUAGGCGGGAAGGGUGCCGCUACCGUUUUGUCCCAUUCACAGUAAGUCGGGCACGACGCCUUCUCUGGAGCCCCCGCCCAAAAUCCCUUGUUGAGAAUCCGAGGGGUGUCCCGGAGGACUGGAUGUAGCUGCACUCCCGAUUUAUCAUUCGGCAGUAACUUUUGUUUAUCGUGUUUCGUGUGCGCUUUCCGUGCUCCGAUGGACUUGAUCACCGCGAAUAUUUGAGAUGUUUCGUCUUUGCUCUCGAAAGUCAGAUGCACGUGAAGACCAGUGGCAGGCGGUGGGCAUGUGCGGUUGGGUGCGUCGGUGGCGCUUGCUUGUGUUGGGUGCUGUCAGUGGCUGUGUGGUGGACCGUUAUUUUCGCCUUUUAAAUGUAUUUACGUUGUUCUGUGUUUCUCAUGUGCUGUGUUUUUGUAUAUGUUUAUAUUCAUUAGUUUUUUAUUAGGUUGUGUGUUUACCUACUGCGUGGUUUGCCAGUCCCGGCUGACCAAUAACUAUAAUGAUUCGUCUCUGUACGGGAAGACAUGGAAUGCUUGUUGGCCCUUCCCUGGUCAGUUGGGAGUGGGGAGGAGGGACGGCCGGCAGGAAGAUAUAAACGGGGUACAAGUAGUCUAUCUCUGGCGUUAUGUACACGUUCUACACGGGUGUGCAUAGGUGCGUGUGCUUCGUUUGUUUGCAUUUUCGCGGAGGCGUGCUCAUUUUUCUUGGGUAACAUGGACCGCGCUAACCGGCUGGCCAAGGAAAGACGAGAGGAAAAAUUCGAG